AUGGCAGAAAAUGUAGUGCCGAACCCAAUUCACGUGGCUGACCAAAAAGACCGUGCAAUGCGAGAUUAUGCAGCCACAAUAUUAGAGGACUUGAACUCUAGCGUUAUGAAUCCACUUCCAGCAGAUGCCCAAUUUGAAUUUAAGCCAAUGAUGCUUCAAAUGUUAAACAUUAUUUGCCAGUUUGGGGGGCUUGAACAUGAAGAUCCACGCUCUCACCUUAAAUCUUUUAUUAAGGUUGCUAACACUUGUAGAUUACCUGGAAUCUCUGAUGAUGCAUUAAGACUCACAUUAUUCCCUUUUUCUCUUUCAGGCCAAGCAACAGCAUGGCUGAACGCCUUCCCGUCAGGCACCAUUACCACAUGGAGCGAUAUGGUGGAUAAAUUUCUUGUUAAGUACUUCCCACCGACAAGGAAUGCAGAUGUUAGGGAAGAGAUUAUCUCAUUCAGACAAAAGGAGAAUGAGGCGGUAAAUGUUGCUUGGGAACAUUUCAAAGAUCUAAUAAGGAAUUGUCCAAAUAUUGGAAUCCCAGCGUGCGUACAAAUUGAACAUUUCUUUAGAGGUUGCGAUAUACCGACUAAGAUGAUGCUUAAUGGGGCCGCAAAUGGGAAAUUUACAUCAAAAUCUUUCAACGAGAUAGUGGAGAUUCUGGACCAGCUAUCUGAACACAAUGAUCAAUGGUACUCUGAGAGAUCAAGGACCCAAUCAAAACGAGCAGAUCCAGCAGGCGUGCUAGCCUUAGAUAAUAUGACGUCUAUGCAAAAACAAAUUGACACCAUCACUCAAAUGUUGAAGAACAUGGAAAAGAACAAUGCGGCUGCCGCAUCAGCCCCAGCAACAACCAAUCCUUCUCCUGUUUACCAAAUAGCUGAAUCUACUUGUUAUUAUUGUGGAGAUCAACAUCCAUCUGAAAAUUGCCCUUCUAACCCUUCUUCUAUGUAUUAUGUAGGUCAAAUGAAUCAACAAAAAUUCAAUCCUUAUUCGAACACAUACGAUCCGGGAUGGAAGCAGCAUCCUAAUUUCUCAUGGAGUGGACAAGGAAGUUCCAGUGAUACGGGACAGAAUCAACAGUACAAGCAAGCUUAUACCCCACCUGGAUUUCCAAAUUCACCGGCUUUUCCACCAACUCCACAUCAAUACAACCAACAGAAAAAUUAUGUGCAGCCGGUACAACAAAACUUGAGUAACAUGGAGAUUUUAAUGAAGGAAUUCAUAACCAAGAACGAUGCACAAUGA